GUCAUGUGACAGCCAAGAUGGCGGCGCUCGGGGCGGCGGUGCUGGCGCUGCUGUGUCUGGGUCUCGGUCCCGGUCCGGGUCUGGGUCCGGGCCGCGCUAUGGCCGCCGUCCCACUGGUCAUCUGGCACGGCAUGGGCGACAGCUGCUGCAAUCCGCUGAGCAUGGGCUACGUCCGGGACAUGGUGCGGCGCAGGAUCCCGGGCAUCUACGUUCUGUCGCUGCGCAUCGGCAGCUCCCUGGUGCAGGAUGUGGAGAACAGCUUCUUCAUGAAUGUCAAUGACCAAGUGAGAGAGGUGUGCAGCCAGCUCGCAAAGGACCCUCACCUGAAAGGAGGAUACAAUGCAAUGGGCUUCUCCCAAGGAGGCCAGUUCCUGAGGGCGGUGGCCCAGAGGUGCCCUUCUCCUCCCAUGUUCACUUUGAUCUCCGUUGGGGGGCAGCACCAAGGAGUGUAUGGCUUUCCACGCUGUCCUGGUGAGAGCUCCCAAAUCUGUGACUGGAUCCGAAAGAUGCUGGAUCUGGGUGCCUACACACAAGCUGUUCAAGAGCACUUGGUACAAGCACAGUAUUGGCAUGAUCCUUUGAAGGAGGAGGACUACAGGAAAAAGAGCAUCUUUUUGGCUGACAUAAAUCAGGAGAGGAGCAUCAAUGAGACGUACAAGAAAAACCUGAUGGCUUUGAAAAAGUUUGUGAUGGUGAAAUUUCUCAACGACACUAUGGUUGAUCCUCCGAUCUCUGAGUGGUUUGGGUUUUACAAAAGCGGCCAAGCCAAGGACACCAUUCCUUUGAAGGAGACCUUGCUGUACAGAGAGGAUCGCCUGGGGCUACAGCAGAUGGACAAAGCAGGAAAGCUGGUGUUCCUGGGGGUGGAAGGGGAUCACCUGCACUUCACAGAAGAGUGGUUUUAUACCCAUAUCCUCCCCUUCCUCCAGUGAAGCUAAGGCACCUCAUGGGAGCACUCAGAGGAUUUCACUGUAGUGAAUGCAGCUGCUACUGCGCAACAGUAUUUUGUGUAUGUGCACGGGGAUGUGGGAAGAGUGGGGCUGGUUGGGGUGGGUU